AUGCAAAGCAUUCGUGGAGUGCUGAUUGACGUGUCAGGGACAGUCCACGUCGGUGACAAGGUCAUCCCCGGCGCCAUCCAAGCACUCGACCGACUUCGCGCCAGCGGGAUUCCCUUCAGGUUUUGUACAAACACAACUCAGUACUCGGGAGACACUCUUGCGAACAAGUUGCGCAAGUUCGGAUUCAACGUCAAGCGUGAAGAGAUCUUCACAUCUCUCUCCGCAUGUCGGCAAUUUGUUCAAGCACGCGGAUUAAGGCCGUUGCUGAUGUUCGAACCGGACGCACUGGAGGAAUUCAAGGGGAUUCCGACCUCAGAACCCCACGACUCGGUUGUCAUUGGUCUCUCUCCCUCCAGCUUUCACUAUGGCAUGAUGAACAAGGCGUUCAGGAUCCUUCUUGAGACCAAAUCAUCAUCAACGUCAAGCACGGGAAAUGAGACCGGAGCAGGAGGAGAAGGAGUGCCGAGACUGGUCGCAGUUCACAAGGCAAAAUACUUUGCAGACAAGGAUCAGACCAGCCUGUCCCUGGGUCCUGGAGGUUUUGUUGAGGCCCUCGAAUUCGCCUCUGGCAUCAAAGCCCAUGUCGUCGGCAAGCCCCAGAAGGCAUUUUUCGAGCUUGCGAUCCAGAACAUGGGCCUCUCCGACCCAGCCUCAACAACAACAAAAGGAACAGGGAUCGUCAUGAUCGGAGACGACGUCGAGCAAGAUCUUGGAGGCGGGGCCGCAGAACUGGGACUCGUCCGGUAUUUGGUCCAGACUGGAAAGUACCGUGCUCAGGAUGAGGACCGAGACACCUUUGGAGGACUCGAUGGUAUCUUUGCUGACUUCUCUGCCGUUGUCGAGCACAUCCUUGCUCAGAAGCAAAAGUAG